CCGGCGAAUUGUACAUAAAGGAAAUCACGACACUAAUAGGCUAUUUAGAAAAUAUAGUGAAAACCGCGGUUAUAGCAUACCAGGACAAGAAAAGCAUUAGUCGACUUAAAAACAUCAGAAGCUCACAUUGAAAUUUAUAACACGCAGUGAAGAAAAAAUGGCAAGCGACAAGGAGGUGGGAGGAGAAGAAAAACCUCAAGUUAUUUCUCAGUUGGAGCCGAGUAAACGGCUGUGCCUCUCAACACAUCUCAUCUAUCUUUACUUGUUUCCCGUUUGCGCGUUUCUAGCUUCUUUGGUUCUUGUCUCGCUCGCAUUCAAGACACCACGUCCGGGAAUCUCACUUGGGUCCAGUUUCCUACUGUUUAUACUUGCCAUUGUGUAUUGCGCGAUUGCAAAUGCAUUGAGGUCUUUUUGCUUACCGAGCGACGAGCGAGAUUCAGACAGUGAAAAGAGUUAUGUAACUGUUGAUAUGACUUCUUUGGAAGAAGGGGAGCUUGCUAUCAACACCGAUGCGUAGGAGAACACGAACUUUCAUUACUGAGAAUUCGACUUUACAUUGCUAAUGACAGUUAACAUGUCUAUUCAUAUCGAACUGACCAGAAGAGUGUGUGCUGUUGCUAAACCUGUGAGAGAACGAUGGCCAACAAAAAGACCAUUUCAAUGCCUCUAUGAAGCAACUUCUUAUCCCUUCAGCAUCUAUAUUUGAGUCUAGCACCGAUGAAUUGGAUGUAACUGUGAACGAACAAGUUGAAGAACGCGUAAAAUAGGACGGGUACGAAUGAGUUCAUAAAGAAAAUAAAGUCCAGCUACUGAGAGAAAGAAUUUCAUCAUGGUUCAAACUUCAGUGCGCACUACUGUUUGCCAAAACCUUGGUCAUAUCAAAGUUAUUGCAUGACUUUGCCUCAAUUAAGCGUCCAGUGGCACACAUUGAUGACUGAAAACAUGCAAGAGACGAAGAGUUUUAAUUUGAAGGACUUUAAAGGUUUUCGACGAUACUUUUGACGUCACUUAAUCUGGAGCUAAACUACCUUUGUCGGCUCGGACUACAGGACCGAAAGGCUUCAUGGGUCCUUCAACUGAGUUGUCAUUUUCAUAGGGGAACGGUCAUAUUUAUCGCGG